UUGGACACCUUUACUGAAUAAGCGUUUUCCUACGGGAGCGUUAUUCUGGCAGCACAAACGGUGUCGGCUGCUUCAGCAGAAGAACUUACAUUCAUCAAAGCAAUGAGAAGAGCAAAGCAUGUUACGGAAGCUGUGCUGUGUGAUUCUACUCAUCAUCCAGAGGAAUACAGAAAGUACACGGGUCAUUGGUGAAUGCAGGACUGUGGUACAGGGGGAGGAUGUGGACUUAUCCUGCAGACUGAUAGAGAGAACACAGGAGCUUAAACAGAUAACAUGGCUGAAAAGUACUAAGGAUGAAAAACAUAAUUUGAUGCUGAUUCAUCCAAAUGGGGUUACUGGCUUUGUUGUACCAAAUGGAUUGGCAGGUAGAGUCCAGCUUAUUGGGAACCCAUCAGAGAACCUUGGAUCUAUUCGAAUAACAGCUGUCAGACUGUUGGAUGAAGGCACCUUCACAUGGAUCUUCAAUGUUUUUCCCAGUGGAGCAUACAAUACAGAGAUAUCUCUGACUGUGCUUGUUCCUCCAGUGGUGAGUGUGACAGUCGAUGUUACUCCUGUCAUUGGGGAGAAAGAGGUUAUCCUGGCAACCUGUGUGGCUGCUGGUGCCAAGCCACAGGCAGAUGUAAAGUGGAAGACCGGUACAUUUGGCAGUUUGUUGAAGACAGUGACUAACUCCACCCAGCACGCCAACGGCACCACCACAGUACUCAGCCACCUGCUCGGGGUGCCAACCAGAGCAGCCAAUCAGCAACAGGUCCAGUGUGUGGUCAACCAGUCUGCCCUGGCAACAGAUAGGAUCUUCAACUACACCAUAGACAUCCACUAUCCACCUCAGGCAGUGAACAUUACUCUUAGUGAGACCUCUCAAACCUCAGUCCUAUGUGUAGCAGACGGAAACCCACAACCCAACUACACCUUGAGCAGAGUGGGCCAGUCAUGGCCUGGCUCUUCAGUGAGAGCAGAGGGAGGCACACUAAUCCUCCUCAGUCUCAGCUCUGAGCUGAAUGGUCUCUGUGUCUGUGAGGCCUCCAACCCCUAUGGACGAGCAACUGGCUUCCUCUAUGUACACACUUCCUGUGAGACCUCUGCUGCCUGUUGGGUUCUACUUGUUGUCAUUCUAUGUUUGAUUGUUGCUGCUCCUGCACUUUUAUGGAGUUCACCACUUCCAGGCAUCAUCACGGGAGAGCAAUGCCCAGUCUGAUGGUCACACUGCCAGAAGAGAACAACACCAGUGAUUCCAAGAACACAGGAUGAGAUGUCACUAUCCUUUGUGCAAGCACUUCCAAGAGUUCAUGAACAGUGAGACUGGUGAAAUUUGGGGAGCGCAUCGUCAGUAGUGGACUUGGUUGUGACGCCAAGUGUAGCGUCCUUGGGUGAGGCUUGUUUUACACCCUGUGAGAAUGUGCCUGAGGUUGGCUGGCAUGGAACAGAGGGCACAGUCCGGAUCUUCACCAUACCAUUGGUGAAGAUUAACUGGUGUUGGAAGGACGUCAUAUGUUGCUCUGAUGGAAAAGCUCAACCGCCUCGCUUCCAUGGCCCACAGAUCCUUCCAGCUGAUCUUCCUCUUCUCCACACUGUCCCAUCGAGUCCACUGUCCCUGUUUGGCAAGAGAGACUGCCUUGGCCCACCUUGCAGCCUCCUCCUGAAGGGGUACUUCCUGCACUACCAUCUUCCGCCGCUCUGGUGCAGUGGCCUUACUCCAAGCAGCACGGCUAGUUAGCCCAAGGCCUCCUCUCCCUUGCUGAACAUGACCCAAAAUGUCAGCAUGUCUGAGGGCUGCUGUUGCCUCCUGGACUGCUUUUCCUGGCCUCCAUUUGCGCCCAGUUGCCAAGGUCGGCGCGUUGUUGCUCACCACUGGGUCUCGAGAUUCAUUCAGUGUCAUCUGGACCCUGGUUUUUGCACACUUGAAUUCCUCUGUUAGACUGGUGAGGGGCAGCUUGAGGACACCAUCUCCAUAGAGGCCUAUGGUGGUAAGGCAUCGUGGAACUCCGAGCCACUUCUUUAAGUAGCCUGUGACUCCUCUUUCCAUCUUCUCCACUGUUGAGAUUGGAACCUCAUACACUGCUAGGGGCCACAACACCCGGGGUAGGAGACCAAACUGCAGACACCAGGCCUUUAACUUUCCAGGUAGCUGGGUGUUGUCGAUGGACUGUAGGCUACUACUGAUGUCUUUGCGCAGCUGUUGCACCUGGUCUUUGUCCUUCAGGCUUGCAUCAUACCACCUUCCAAGGCUUUUUACCGGCUGCUCAGACACUGUUGGGAUUUGGUCAUCUCCGAUGAAGAAUUUCAGGUCAGAGAGUACUCCCUUCACAAUCGAGAUGCUGCGUGACUUGGAUGGUUUAAUCUUCAUACGGGCCCAGCUGAUGUUCUUCUCGAGUUUUCUGAGCAGUCUCCUGGUGCAUGGGACAGUGGUGGUCAAUGUUUUAAUGUCGUCCAUGUAGGCUCUGAGUGGAGGGAGGCGGAAUUCAGAGUCGACUCGCUGUCCACCAGCAACCCAUUUUGAGGAUCUGAUGAUAACCUCCAUUGCCAUUAUGAAUGCCAACGGAGAAAUGGUACAUCCCGCCAUUAUACCUACAUUAUGGCACUGCCAUGAGGUGGUGAAGCAGAACUGCAGAUCCUGGAAGUACGACUUCACCAGGGUUGUGAUGGUGUCCGGUAUGUGGACAAAUCUGAAGGCAGACCACAGGAGUUCAUGGGGCACAGAGCCAAAUGCAUUGGCGAGGUCGAGGAAGACUACAUGGAGGUCCCUUUUCUCCACCUUGGCCAUUUGGAUCUGGUGCCAGAUCAUGCUGGAAUGUUCCAAGCAGCCAGAGAACCCUGAUAUUCCUGCCUUCUGUACAGAUGUAUCGACGUACGCAUUCCUUUGCAGGUACUCGGCCAUCCUCUGGGCAAUGACCCUAAAGAAGAUUUUACCCUCGACAUUCAGUAAGGAGAUUGGGCGGAAUUGGCUGAUGUUCACUGCAUCCUUCUCCUUAGGGAUCAGGACCCCGCCUGCCCUACGCCACACUUUGGGUAUUAUCUUCUUUUGCCAAGCUGUUCUCAUAAGCCUCCAGAGGACCCUCAGGACGUCUGGUGCGUUCUUAUACACUUUGUACGGGACUCCAUUUGGCCCCGGGGCUGAUGCUGUUCUUGCCUGUCGAACUGUGUUUUCCACCUCUUUCCAUGUCGGAGGGCUGGUCUCAAUAUGAUGUUCCGGGGGUUCAAUGGGUGGGAUAUCUGAUGGGAUGGCCAGAUGUUCAUGUCGCUUUGAGUCAAAGUUUGUUGUUAUCAGGUGCUCCUCUAGGUCUUUCUUUGUUGUUUUUAGAGCUCCACUUUUUUCCUUCGUGAAGAGACUUUUAAGGAACUUGAAGGGAUCUUUAUAGAAUCGAGUUCUAGUUUCUUUCUUCCUUCUGCAUUUCCGUAGGUUCUCUGCUCUACGGAGGGAUGCCAACCGGGUUUUAAUGUCAGCCUGAAGUGUGCCCUCCUUUUCCAUUUCCGAGGCCUUCUUCCACUGUUUCUUAAGCUGUCUCCUUUCUUGAACGAGGCGCUUGAUUUCUUGUUGCCUCCUGGAAACUGGUGGGGUUGGAACCUUUCUCCCGCCUUUUGCCUCUUGCACUCCAAAGCUUUCUGCCUCGUACUCAUAGAUUAUGUCCCCCAUCCUCUCCAACUUCUUCUCCACUGUGCCUCGAAGUUUCUCGAGGGUCAAGGUAAGGUCAGUAUUCACUGCUUCCCACAACUUCUUGUCACUGGCGCCAGGCCACUUCACAUACGGUCUGUGCCCUGGUAGUCUCCUCUCGACUGCAGGUCUGGGAGGCUGGGUGAGUUCCACUCCUGUUGUUGGUUCCACCUCAGUUGUUACUUCGGUGCUUGAGUUUACGUCCUCCAUGACAGUGGUACUGAUGCACUGCAAACUAUGGUUUGUGUCCAGUUGCUGUGCUUCAUUCGACUGAUUUGAUCGCUUUCGCAGAAAGUGAUCAAUGCGAGGCCUCUGUCUCUCUUUACCCAAACACCCCUUCUUCCCCUGGUGGAUCCUCAACCCAUGGUGUGAUGUAACUUUCCUCCAACCACAGACACAUACCUGCAUCUGUUUGUGGCCCGCUGUUGCAGCGGAACUUGUGACAGUUGCUGUGGUGUUCUCUUGUGCUGUGCUCUCAUUAGUCGUUUCCGGUCCAGUCAUUACCAUGUUGUCAGCCGAUGAGUCAUCUUCCGCCCCCGCUCUCGCAGACUCUAAGGGUAUUCUUGUAUGUUGACUUUCUGUAGCUAAAAGCGGGUGUUUCCAACAUACUGCGAAGCAUGGGAAACUACAGAAAUGGGAAGAAAGACUCAACUCAGGCUCUUGACAGUACUAAUCACACAACGUAAUCCAAAGCAGUUAGUAUUUAACAUGCCACAAGAGCCAAGUAUUGUGAAAUAAAUAAAUAUCACCACAUUUGAUCCUUCACAAGAUUAAACGUUAUAUUUUCUUAUUAAACGUGUUACAACAGAACCACAACAUUUACGGUUCAUUGUAUUUACCUUCACUGUACAUCUGUGGUUAAUAACAUAGGCCAGUGUUCAAUUGUAUAGUGGGUUUCGGGAAAGAGCUUUAAGAUGUGAGUUUGAUUUGCACAGCAUGUCCUGGAUAGAGGGAAAUGAUAUGUCCUUGAUUUAGAAAUUUGUCUGUGGUUGUGUUCAUUGGAUGACUUCACAGCCAGGUUUGUUAUUAGAACUGAACGAGUUACUCUGUGGGAUUACCAGUAUUAUAAUAAUAAUGUUACCUAGCAAUGACUAACCUUCUUGUGAAUUCACUUACCUCAAAUAGACCUUACUUUAUGGAUGUAAAUGAUGAGUAUGGGUGUAAACCUACACUCUCAUCUCGCCAUGGAAUCAGACUCAAACUGACAAUAAGAAUAAAACAAUAAAACAAAAACAUAGUUGCAUGCAGCCAUGGUGGGGUUGAAGCCCUAUGGCCCCACAGCACCACCAUCAGGACAAACUUGACUCAUUACCCUUGGAUGAGCUAUGUCUGUACUACUUAACAUGCUUGCAAAAUAUCAAAACUCAAAAUACAACAGAUCACGCACUUGGGGCUCCCAAGUGGCGCAGUGGUAUAAGACACUGCAUUUUAGUGCUAGACAACUUGGUUCGAAUCCAGACUGAAUCGGACGGCACACCAUUGGCCCAGUGUCGUCCGAGUUUGGCCAGUGUA